UUACUAUAAAUUUCCACUGAUCUGAGCCUAAAGUUUUCUGAUUUUAUAUUCUUUGGGUUUAAUAAUGUGGAUAAAUUAAAAAGUUUAUCUAAUUUUACUAAAUUCAUUGAAUAACGAUGAAUUUAGAUCGCUAGAUAAUACAUUAAUGAAAAUUUUUUCGGAUCUUGCUUUUCAAGUUGCACCUUUGGGUCAAAAAAUCUUUUAUUUUAUAUUGAGGACAGGCACACCCCCUACCAAUUUUUUAAGAGUUCCCUUUAUUUUGAUGGUAUCUUAUUUAAUAAAUAGUGUGUAAGUUGUUAGGCUUCGAUAAGCAUUCUAUUAACAGAAUUAAAUUUUAGUUAAGUGGGUUAUGUUUGAGUUUCCACUGUCCAAACCUAAAGUUUUCUGUUUAUAUUCUUUGGGUAUUUAUUGUGGAUAAAAUUAAAAAGUUUAUCUAUUUAAUCAAGUAAAUUCAUUGUAGAAGGAUGGAUUUAUUAAUAUUAGAUAAAACAUUCUUUUUUGUUGACACAUCGAAACCUCAUUAUAAGGUACACCUUUGGGUCUGGAAAAUAGUAUUUUAUAAUGAGGUGUCUUUUAAAUAGAAGGUAUCGCUCGGGCGGCUCUCCAACCCAAUGACCUAUCAAAUUCUAAAGAGCGUCGCUUAAAUAGAGGUGUAUCUAAUAUUAGGAGUAUCUAAGAAAGAGGUUUUAUUAAUUUUCUAUUUUAGGUGGUGGAACCAUGGAUGUUUCUGUUCUUUGGUUAAAUAAUGCGGUAUUUGUUACUCAAGCAAUGGCCGGAAAUAACCGUUUGGGUGGUCAAGAUUUUAAUGAACGAAUUUAUAGAUUACUUUUGAAGAAAAUAAAAGAACAGACAAAAAAAGAUUUAAAUAACAGAGAAGAUUUACAACAAUUGAGACUUGCCGUUGAAGAAGCAAAAUUGCAACUUACAAAUUUGCCUGAAACUUUAAUUAAUUUAAAUUUUCGAUCAAUUGGAAAUUUUGAAUAUUUGUUAACUCGCCAAGAAUUUGAACAAGUCAACAAAGAUUUAUUUUGGAGUAUUGUUGAGCCUAUUAAAGCUGCUUUGGCAGAUUGUCAACUUGGACCAGAGGAUAUUGAUGAAAUUGUUUUGGUUGGAGGUUCUACGAGAAUUCCAAAAAUUAGAAAUAUUGUUGGACAGUUUUUUAGCAAAGUUCCAAAUUAUGGUGUAUUUCCUGAAUUGGCAGUCGUUAUUGGUGUUGCAAUUCAAGCUGGUGUUGUAAUUAAUGGUUGGCCUUUACAGGUUGCUGCAAUGGAACUUCCAUUUGCCAAACAAAAGAGGCAUGUUUAUAGACCUAUUGAAGAACAACAACCAAAGAUUUAAAUUUAUUCCUUUUUUAAUUUUAUUAUUUAUUGGAAAUUGGGGUUUGUUUUCUUUUUUUAAAAAAAUUUUUUGUUAUUGUUGAAUCUAAUGGGUAUGGAGAAAUUUUUUUAAUUUAUUUUGUAAAAAUAUUUUUCAGAAAUUUCAAAAAAUUUCCUUUUUCUAAAUUCCUUUUCCUUAGAAUUCUUUUUUUUUCUAUCGUGCUCUCACUUACAAAAACAUGGUUUUGGAUUUUUAAGAAUUCCGUUAAAUUUUUUUAUCCUUCCGCUUUCUCGUUUUGUUUUCUGCUUUCUUUUUUGUAUUUUCUCUUUAAUUUAUUGUCCUAUUUUAACUAAAGGUUGGACCCCAACUCUUGGCGGAGUCAAAGAUUUUGGAAUCGAAGUUUUAGCUAAAGAAAAAGGUCGG